CGCGCGAGAGAAAGGAGAACUCUCGCUUACUAGCGUGGGCGUGGAGAGUUAAAUGGAGUCUGUGGACUGGUAACGAAGUUCUUGUGGCAUCUUGAAGCUAACCGUCUUCGUGGCUUCUAACUCAGCUCAGUUGACGCCGGAUCGUGAGCGGUGCGUGGGUGUUUUUCUCCCAAUCUUCCGGGGGCAACGCAUUCGCGGUGUCACCUGAGGACAAAGCAAGAAUAUAAAAAAUAUUUUCAUUGUUUUUGUUCAACCGUACCCAAAACUAAGUGUGUUUGAUCUAUUAACCCACUAAUAUAAGUGAUAAAUUCAUGUGUGAUACGUGAGAAGUAGAAGAGUAAAUAUGAAGUGUAGCGUUUACGUAAUUUUUUUCUUGGUUUAUGGGACCUUUUGCUUCAAUCUUGAAUGGAGGAUACCUGUCAUUAAACGAGGAAUGACGGGAUCCUACUUUGGAUAUUCCGUUGCUGAGCAUCAAGAAUUACUUGAAGAAGACAAUAAGUCUAUUAGCUGGAUUCUUGUUGGAGCACCUCUGGAUCAAAAUAGACAACCUGGUACCAAUAGAUCUGGGGCUUUAUGGCAGUGUCCACUGACAACAUUUACAAGAGAUUGUUCCCAAGUUAUAACUGAUGGAAGACAAACUGAAGAUGGUCAAAUUGAUCCAAAAAUUGACUCGGACGAGUUGAAUCCACCUGGCGAUGACGAGAUAAAAGAUGGUCAAUGGUUAGGAGUGACAGUGAGGAGUCAAGGAGUGGGUGGCAAGGUGAUGGUUUGUGCUCAUAGACAUAUUGUCAAGACUGCAGAUUCUCAAUGGGGUCAAGGCCAAUGCUAUAUCCUGACUCAAGAUUUAAAAUAUGAGGAUCUCAAAAAACCAUGCUCAGGAAAACCAAUAAAUAAAGCUCAUGAACAGUUUGGCUAUUGUCAAGCAGGAACAAGUGGCGUUUUAACUCCAGAAGAUCGUGUGGUUAUUGGAACACCAGGCCCACAUACUUGGAGAGGCACCUUGUAUGUUUUUACAGUCUCAGAUGAUUUUCUUUCGCGGGACAGCACAGUUUACAAUGCUCCUAUGCAGGAUGCAUCACCAGUAAAUAAAUACAGUUACCUGGGAAUGUCAGUAACAGUAGGGAACUUUUUCGGAAAAGAUCUCGCCUACGCAUCAGGUGCUCCCAGGUCAAAUGGGACAGGGCAGGUAGUAAUUUUAACGCGCCAACCCGGCCAUCCAGAUAUGGAUGUAGCUUUAGUGCUCAAUGGUGAGCAGUUUGCUAGUAGUUUUGGCUAUGAAAUUACAUCAGCAGAUGUUAAUGGAGACAAAUUGAGUGAUUUAAUUGUGUCAGCACCAUUUUACUUUAAUAAAGCUGAGGGAGGUGCAGUUUAUAUUUAUACUUCAUUAUGUAGAAACAAUAAAGAAAAUGAAAAAUGUCAACCAACAAAGCUUGUGGGGAAAGAAGAAUCGAGAUUUGGAUUUGCUUUAGCUAAUCUAGGAGAUCUAAACAAAGAUGGGUAUGAAGAUUUAGGUAUCGGUGCUCCUUACGAAGGUAAAGGAACUGUUUACAUUUAUUUGGGUUCCAAAAAUGGUAUCAUUACUACUCCGGCACAAAUUAUUCAUUCUGAAGAUACUCCAAUGCCUUUAAUAACUUUCGGAUAUUCUUUGAGUGGUGGAAUUGAUAUGGAUAAAAAUGGAUAUCCGGAUUUAUUAAUUGGUGCUUAUGAUAAUGAUGCUGUUGCUUUAUUGAGAGCUAGAAAAAUCAUUGAUAUUACAACGUCUAUUAGGUACGAAAGAAAAGACGGAACUUAUCAAGAUAAAAUUGAAGCUAUUGAUCCUAAUAAAGUUGGAUGUUUAGCAGACCCUUCUUCUAAUCAUACGUGUUUUGCCUUUGAAGCUUGCUGUAAAACUGAAUCAUUAACAAGUAACGAAGGGAUGCAAAAUCUUAAAUUAAAUUACUUUAUCGAAGCUGAAACUUACUCAGGCGUAAAGAAAUUCUCUCGAGUAUGGUUUGGCUUUGGUAAAAAUAAACCUCAUUAUAUUAAUCGUACUGUUACAUUAGAUUCGAAUAAGUUGAUGCAUUGCCAACGUGAGAUUAUUUAUCUUAAAGAAAACACACGAGACAUUCAGUCGCCAAUUAAAUUCCGUUUGAAUUACACACUUGUCCAAGAAGAACCAGUGAUGCCUGGAGAAGGAGAUCCAUUGCCAGAUAUCAACAAUUACCCUAUUCUAAAUCAACAAGAAGCAGCAAGAAUUUUCGAAGCAACCUUCCAGAAAGAUUGCGGUGAUAACGAAAUUUGUGAGAGCGAUUUACAGCUAGAUGCUAAAUUAAAUCUCUCAGCUUCUACUGUCAAGUCAGAUUUCUACGAAUUAUUAUUAGGAGAAGUUAAAGAAGUUGUUGUAGAUGUUAGUACCGUUAAUGUUGGAGAAUCUGCCUACGAAGCACAAUUAUUUAUCAGUCAUUCUCCCAGCUUAAAUUACAUUGCAAGUAAAAGUAAUGAAUCCGUCAUUUGUAAUCUUCAUAAUUCAACUCUAGUUAUUUGUUCUAUUGGAAAUCCAUUUAGAAAAAAUAAUGCAGUUAAUAUUCAAGUGAGAUUUGAUCCAAAAGGAGUAGAAGAUAAUGAACCUGAAUUAAGUUUUAUUAUUUUUGCAAAUUCUACAUCAAAAGAAGUUACAGAAAAAGAACCAAGACGUUUAUACGCAAUCGUACUAAAGAGAGCAGAAUUAUCAGUGAAGGGAACUGCAAAAACUGAACGAGUUUCUUAUGGAGGACCUAUUAUUGGUGAAUCUGCAAUAAAACAUUUGAAUGAAGUAGGACCAAAAGUGUCUCAUGUGUAUGAAAUUUACAACGAUGGCCCUUGGAAAGUUAGAACAGUUGAAGUAGUUAUUUCUUGGCCUUAUGAAGUGGCUAAUGAUAAACCGCAUGGUAAAUGGCUAUUAUAUCUUGAAGAAAUACCAACUAUUGACUAUCCAGGACCUGGCGAGUGCAUAUUACCUUCAGGUCAUUCGGCUAAUCCACUUAAAUUACUUGGUAGUGUCAAUUAUGAAGACUUGGAUCCCUUUUCCCCGACCCCUAGUGCUCCUGUUAAUUAUUACAGAAACCGCACUCAUAAUCAUAUUAGAGAGAGACGGUAUAUUGAAAAGAUUGUUCCAAGCACACAAACUGGCCCUGAAGGGGACGGACUACGGCGGGUUGUUUACAUGAAUUGUGAAUCCAGAACAGCUAAAUGUUUUGAUAUCCGAUGUAUCAUUUACAAUUUGCAGCGUAAGCAAGGAGCAACAAUUACUGUGAAGGCUAGGCUGUGGAAUUCUACGCUCGUCGAGGAUUAUCCCAAGGUCAACCAGGUUAACAUUAGUUCGAACGCGAGGAUUGUUAUACCUCCUAAGAUUGAAGUUCAGCAAGAAAUACUGAAAGAUGACCAAGCUACCGCUUCGACAAUUGUAUAUCCAGAUCUUGGAGAUCAACCAGACGGAGAACCAGUACAAAUCUGGGUGAUAAUAGUCGCAAUCGUAGCAGGAUUAUUACUUCUCAUAUUGUUAACAUUAAUUCUAUGGAAACUAGGAUUUUUCAAGAGACGUAGACCAGAUCCUACUCUUUCGGGAAAUCUCGAAAAACACAGGGAUGAUAAUCCUGAACAUGAAGCUUUAUUUAAAAAAUAAAGAAGAGAAUUGAAGAAGAGAAAGAAUUACAUUAAAAAAAAUUAUUUCAAAAUAAAUCCCAUGUAAAAAGUUCGAGUGCACAAGCUAUAAAAAAAAAGAUUUUAUAUUUAUAUUUCUGAGAAUUAUAUACAAUGAAGUGUUCUUCGGAAGACUGCAUUAUAUUCCCGUGUUACUUACAUGGCCGAAUGUAUUUAUGAUCACAAUUAAUUUUAAUUAAUUGAUAACGAUAAUGCCUUGCAUUUAAGUGAUAGUUUAUAAAUGAUAAAAAGAAGUACUUUUAUUUAUACUAUAAUAUUAUUUUAUUAUAAAACUUGAUAAAUUAAAAAAAGGAAAAAAAAUAUAAUACGCGAUAUUGACGAAGUAAAUCGAUGAAAUUUAUAUUUUAAAAAUUGUCUAUUUGGUGAAUUGAAACUCUUUGGUUAAUUUUAUUUAAGUGCUAUCAAUAUAACACUGGGUGCUGGACGGGUCAGUGUUUUUUUCCUUAUUGUAAGAAAUGAGUGGAAAAAUCUUAUUUAAUCAUGGUGCUAAGUGAUUACUCAUUUUUAAAAUUCUUGUAAUAUGUUUGAUGAAGUCUAUCAUCGAGGAAGUAAGCUAUGGCAUAUUUUAAACACUCAAGACUGAUUCAAACUAAUCUGCCGAUAUACAUUAAUCAUCAUUAUAUAUUUAUAGUAUAUGUACUGAGAAGUGAUAGACAUGAAGCUAUAUCAAUAAGGUAGCAAGUUUUUAUUAGAAUUCUUUACAUUUUAGGGAAUACUCCAAAAGUAAAAAUAAUAAAAAAAAUUUUUUGUGGUGACAAAGUGAAAGUUUAAAAAUUUGUAAAUAUUGGUUUAUCAACAAUAUUUUAUUGUUCAAGCUUUUCGAUACUCAUCAAAGCUUAAGUACUAAAUAAUUGAACGUAUUUAUAUUGAAGUCAAUAAACAUACUGCAUUUCAACAAUAUUAACAAAUCUCAGUAUAUAUAUAUGAGAAAAAUUCUCAAACAUCACAAAUCAAUGAUCUUCUUCAAUAUCGUUUUUUACCAUAGUUGAUGAAUGAAAUUUAUUAUUACAUAAAUUCAUACAACCGUACCAUACAUGAAAUUAUGAUUACUACUACUGUUCAUAUUUUCAACAAUUUAAUAAUCAAUUGGCACUAAGUUGAUAGUCUUAAUAUUUUGGGUUAUAUAGAAAACAAUUAUUUAAAAUUGUUUAGUAAUGUUUGAUUGCGAAUCAUUAAUGCUUAAACAAUAUUUUUGUACGAAAUGUUUGAAAAAUUUAUAUUUAAACAUAAUUAUUGAUAAAUAGUUAUCCAAAACGGCAGCGUAUGUAGAAUUAUAUUUGGUAAAUAUUAAGAAUGAUGAAGAUAUUUAAAUGAAUUUAAAUAGAUAUUAUGAUGUUUCAAUCAAACUUUACUAAGAUAUACUUAGAAAUGUUAUAAAAAAUUUUAUAGUACUCGAAGA